AUGGGGCAAGCCCACGGGUGUGGGACACCCGUCUACUCCCCCCACACAAGGGUGGUGAAUGGAGAGGAUGCUGUGGCUUACAGCUGGCCCUGGCAGAUCUCCCUGCAGUACGAGCGGGACGGUGCUUUCCGCCACACCUGCGGGGGAACCCUCAUCGCUCCCACAUGGGUCAUGACGGCUGCGCACUGCAUCUCGACAUCCCUCACCUACGAAGUAGUGCUGGGGGAGUAUGACAGAAGCGUGGCAGAAGGCACUGAGCAGCACAUCCCAGUGAAUCCUGAGGACAUCUUCGUCCACCCUCGCUGGAACUCCAUCUGCGUGUCCUGCGGCAACGACAUUGCCCUGAUCAAGCUGUCCCGGAGUGCCGAGCUCAGCGACAAAGUGCAGCUGGGCUGCCUCCCGCCCGCAGGCGAGGUCCUGCCCAACAACUAUCCCUGCUACAUCACUGGCUGGGGGCGCCUCUACACUGGCGGAUCCCUCCCUGACAAGCUGCAGCAGGCUCUGCUCCCGGUGGUGGACUACGAGCACUGCACCCAGGCUGACUGGUGGGGCAGCAUCGCCAUCAGAGAGAGCAUGGUCUGCGCUGGCGGGGACAUCAGAUCAGGCUGCAACGGUGACUCUGGUGGCCCCCUUAACUGUCGGGCCUCUGAUGGGAGAUGGCAGGUGCAUGGCAUCGCCAGCUUUGUCUCUUCCCGUGGCUGCAACACCUUAAAGAAACCCACCGUCUUCACCCGCGUCUCUGCCUUUGAUGACUGGAUUGCAGAGCUGGGAACUCAGACGCAGCUCAUGUCACUGCAGAGCAAAAUAAGGAACAGCUGAGUCUGGCCUGCAAAGGGGUUUCUGUAAGAUCUGGAGCCUGGAAGAGCUGGUCUCAGCACAGCAGAUAUUGGAGGCAAACUAGCUCGGAUGUGCUUCUCCACUGACACACGUGAUGACCCCGGAGUCUGCUGGGAGCCGGCAUUUUGGGCACAUGGCCCAGAGCUGUAAGCAGGAUGCUCGGUGGCCUGCAGCACCACCCGGCUCCAGGGAUGGUUUGAGACAGAACAUCUGGCUUGGCUGUGAGCUCUGUCCUGCAGUGAGCAGGGGCUCAAGGCAGGCAGAGGGAGGUGUUUGGCCUAGCAGCUGAGCAUGCACCUGCAAGCUGGAAUUGCGCGCUAUCAUCCCAGCUCUGCUGCCCUGUGCUCUGGCUGCGUCACUCACGUUAACCCUUUGGGGCCGGAUUUGGAUCUCACUGCUCCCAGUGCCAAUCGGCGGAGUUCCUCCGGAGUCCGGGAACAGGCUCCCCUUUCAGUUACAGCAGUGAGUGGCGUGACUCUGGAUUUACACCCGUGUAACUCAGGGCACAAACUGGCCCAGAUGAACUCUACAAGUGUCAAACCGGCAUCACUGAGAGCAGGCCUGGGCCUUUGAGGCCUCUGUUUCCCUAGCAGACCAUCGCUAAUAAUGCAUGAUAAGCUGAAAGAGCCACAUCUUGGAGAAACUUUCCUGGGCAGAUAAUAAAGCAAUUGUAG